GCCCCAUUCUCUUCUCCUCGUCCAGCAUGGCGGCGCUGUAUGAGGCAUACACGUUAUGUGGGCUAGUUCCAUCCCAAAGUCUGUCAAAUUCCGGCAUUCGGGGUGUUGAAGCGGAGAGGGACAGCGACCAUGUAAUUGUCACAGACUCCGCCAGAUGUGUGACUCUUUACAAGGUUUCAGACCAGAAGCCACUGGGGAGCUGGACGGUGAAACAAGGCAACUGUUUGACCAGUCCAGCAGUCUACAACACACAUACUAAAGAAUAUAUCACUGUCACAGACAAUAAGGUGAUCAGAAUCUGGAAGGAAGAAGAUGUUGUCCUGGAUAAGACAUUCAAAGCAACUGUGUCAUCUGACAUUUGGAGAGUCCACUGUGUUGCUGGAGUAGAUCCAGUGGUCUUGUUCCAGAGAGGAGCUGUGAGACUUCUUGAUUCUCUGCUAUCCGCUCCUCAGCAAACCAUUGAGGAAGUUUUGGCUCCAGAUGAGACCAUCAGGUGGAGCACCAACAUAGUGGCAGAAACGCAGCAGUUUGUCAUCUUCACCACACAACAGAAGGGGGACAGCAUCCUCUACUUACAGAAACUGAAUCCUAAUACACUACAGAGGUAUCGACUGGAGCGAGAAGACUCCGGCCUCUCACCGCUCAGCUUCUCUGCAUCCUACAGAGAGAGACUCAUCCACCUGCUUUACCUUUACCCUAAUGGUCACGUGUACCAGAGUGUAAUCUCUGUGCGAGCCCUGGGGGCCGAUCAGGGUUCCCAAACACUUCCACUUCCCCGUAAACUGCUGCUGUCUCUUACUGUUGAUGAGGGCCCACUGGAUGCAGCUUCUGCCCUCAUGUUGGAUGAAGCCCACAUUGCUGUAGUUGGCGUUCCACACCCCUUAGCUGGAGCUGGUAAAGACUUUCUCUGCAUCUGGAAUAUCAAUUUCCAGACACUUCAGGCAGGAAAAGAAAUUGCGGGUAAAAUCUUUGGACAGCUAUGGGGUUAUUCCAGCAAGUUGUUCAUUCCACAUGGCAAAACCCUGUCUGUCAUUCCAUACGGAUGCACCAAAUCUUCACUCGCAUCUGCCUUGGGCAAAUUGAAGCAGGCCCGGAGUGAAGAAUCCAGACCUCUUGUCUCUGUGCCAUCUUGGAACAACAUCUUAAAGGAAGACAGCGCUCAAACCUCAAAAACAAUAGAGCCCAGAAAGUUGAGAACAACGCGUAGGACCCAAUCAACUGCCAAUUUAACAGUUGGACAAGUUCUGGAGCUCAUCAAGACGACACCAAUAGAUAAAGUCCAGAAAGAAGUGGAAGGCCUCUUUUCCAGGACAGACACUCAGGACGUGAAUCAAUGGGUGGGGCAGCUGGCAUCAUUGCUGGUGUCCCGCAGCAUGGCUGAUCCAUCCUUCUACACACCAACCACACUGGCACAGCUAGUGCACACGCAGUGUGUCUGCCACAGUGUGUGCCCUGACCUGAUGCAGCUGGCCCUGGAAAAGAAGGAUUACUUCCUAUGUCAGCUCUGCUUGCAGUUGUUCCCUGACGUCCCAGAAGCUGUCACGUGCACCUGCCUGAAGGCAUUCAUCAGCAUGCCAGACAAAGAUGCAGAGAACGUGAACCUGGAGCCUGAUAGCGUCUCCUUCAUGGAAACAUUGACCUCCAGGGUGCACGGUCAGGUUGGCUUGCAGAAUGGUUUUAGCUCCACAUCUUCUGUGGAGGACCACUCAGAUGUCACAAUGUCUAGAGCAGGCGAGGGGGAGAAGACUUCAACGCCCCUGGAACAUAGCUGUCCAGUCGGUUUGCACAAGGCUGUUUUACUAAAUGAAAUCCUGCAGACAGCAUAUAGUGAUGACCUCCUCCUUCCACAUUUGAAAGACCUCUCAUCCCAACAUGUUAUUCUUUUCCUCCAGUACCUGCAGUUCCUCUACUUCAAUUAUAAUCAAGACGCAUUUCCUCAGAGGCAUGGCUACAGAUCACCAAAUCUGACCCAGAUUAUGGACUGGAUUUGUUUGUUGUUGGAUGCUCAUUUCACAGUUCUAGUCAUGAGUCCAGAUGCCAAAGGCCUGGUCCUGAACCUCCACAGCUAUAUUAAGUCUCAGGUGAGACUGUUUUCUGAGCUUGGAAAGAUUGAGGGCAGUCUGCAACAGCUCCAACAUUUGAAGAUAAAAAAAGAUAUUGGACAGUAUUCCAUUGAAGUCAUAGAGCUUUUUUAGGUUUCAAAGAAAUGCUAGACCGUAGCAUAUCAUAGCAUAACUACAUAGCAUAUCUACUUCCAGCUUUUGCCCAGAAUUAAAGUUAAUGCCAUUUGUCAAGGUGUUGACCAUCAAAAUGAAUACCUGUAUGUAUUGUCAAUGCAUUUGAUUAAAAAUGUAAAUGUAUUCAGUUGAAGAUGCAUUUUAAUGUGCUUUGAUAGAACUUGGUCCAGUUUCUUUGGAUUGCAUGGCAUUUUACUUGCUACUAUUUUUUAAUACUUGCAAGUUUGUGAAUACCUGUAGUUUUUUAAAUAUUCCUUGCAUGUCUCCCCUAUUAUUUUCAAAUCAUCCUACUUGAGAAGAGGUUUCCAUUGGGAUAUUUUUUUUAAUGAAAUUGUAUA